UUUCUAGCAAAAGACACGCGAGCAAGAUUUUGUUGAUAAGUUAGAACGUACUUUCUGUUGUUAGAAGAGAAGUAGUGUCAGCAUUGAUGCUUCACAAGUGUAUUUUUGGAAUAUAUACUGGAUAUCAUGUUCAAGUCAUGGAAAUAGAAUCACAAACUCAAUGUAUUUUCGAAUGGCGGAGCUAGUACAUUGUAAUUCAUGCCCACUUCAGCUGGACAUUUUGUGUUGUGCAGGGAAGGGGAUGUAUAACUCAACCACAAGCAAGGCCUCCUGUCAACUCGUCUCGCUACCUCUGCACCACCGGGUACUCGCUAUCGGCUGCUGCUGCUCUGAGGAUCCUAGCAAAAGUAUUGUUUGUAUUGGUAAACAGAGUCUGUCAUCAGAAUUAGUAACUUUAACAUGAACUGGCAUCAUUUUCUAAGGAUAUUUAUGGUGAUUUAUAUGUGUCUUAUCCCUUUUGCCGCGACUUAUUCAGUAAGCAAAUUGAGAAAAGGAAUGGGGUGUGCAAACGAUAAAGAAUCGAGCAAAACAAAUUCUUUUUUGUGGCGUGUCCGACGAGAACCAGGCCCGCCUGCUUAUUUCUUCGGGACAAUUCAUGUUCCCUAUACACGAGUCUGGGACUACAUACCUAGCAACACAAAACGUGCAUUUCGAGAUAGCAAAAAUAUUUUUUUUGAGUUGGAUUUGACAGACUCUAAGACAAUAAACGAUCUAACUUACUGUCAAAUGCUACCGCAGGGGGAAAAACUUCAAGAUGUACUCCCGGAAAGCAUAUACCUUCGCUUAAAAAGUCAUCUGGAAUAUGUUCGGUUAAUGAUGCCCUCUUGGAUGACGCAGGACCAGAGGGGUAAAGGACUUUACGCUGAUUAUCUAUUUAAUGCAAUUGCUGGUAAUUGGGAACAAAAGCGCCCAGUGUGGGUGAUGUUACUGGUGAAUUCUCUGACCGAAGCAGAUGUGAAGUCUAAAGGGAUACCAGUUCUGGACUUGUACUUAGCACAAGAGGCUAACCGUUCUAAUAAAGGGACGGGUGCAGUGGAAAAGGUAGAGGAACAAUGUGUACCCCUAAAUGGACUUAAUUUUUCACAGGUUCUGUUUGCUCUUAACCAAACAUUGUUCCAACAUGAAAGUCUACGAUCAGGGGAAAGUCACAUGUCAUACACGACCGAAGACCUCAUUAGACAUUAUAAUUGUGGAGACCUGGAUUCGGUCAUAUUUAACCGCGAUACAGCUCAACUAGCGCGUAUGCUGAAUACCACACUAACAUCAGUUGAAUAUACAACAGCCAAUGAAAUUGAUGAAUAUUUUAAAGAAGAGUUAAUUAUUAAGAGGAAUCGUCGUAUGGCAAAGCGGGUGAAAGAACUCCUCGAAGAAUACCCUAAGAAAAGUUUCUUCUUUGCAUUUGGGGCAGGUCACUUCCUUGGAAACCACACCGUCAUCGAUCUUCUAAAAUCAGAAGGGUACACCGUUGAACAUGUGCCUGCUGAUGAAGAAAUUAAAAGGCGGAGGAAGACAAAUGAAGGUGAAGACAACAUGGCCACAGGUAGUCCACAGAAAAGGCACAGAAAAAGAAGGAGGAAAAAAGUGUUUACGAUUAAUCCACCCAUAGCAAGAAAAGAGACACAACCUCAGUCAAAUGUAAACAAUUUCAAUGAACUUUGGGUUAAACUACCUAAAGGGAGUGCUUCAACACCUCCAAAAGGUGAAAUACAAGCUGCCAAAGAGCAUGGAGCAAUGCUGACGACCGUGGCCAGUCCCCUGCUAGCCUACAGUAACAUCUACGUCACCUACGUACCAACCACAAGUGGAUCAGCAUGCAGCUUUACAACUGACAACUUUAUUAUUUCUCUUUUACUUAUAUUACUAGUAUUACAUUCAUAUAUAUUGUGAUGAGAAAGUAAGAUGUUUAUAUAAAGGAAGAUCUACAUACUACAGAUGGCGAUUACUGAUGAAAUCCCUCCCUUUGCAACCCUACCCAAGACUACUAAUAACUAUGGUUUUCUCCUUCUAUAAUGUGAAAUGCAUGUGUUAUACUAUAUUGUGUGUCUUGAGCUACAAAACUUGACUAUUAAAUUCUAUAUUUGAAUAGAUGACUUUGUUAAUCAACUUUCAAAUUUUUCGAACCAAAAUGUAUUUAUGCAGCCUGUAAACAGUGUGAAGUACAUGCAUCCUGGACUUGCGGUGACUUCAUAGUUAUUUACUUCAAUGAUCUUAUUAUAUUAAGAAGAUACGCUCUCUGCAGUUACAUGAUAGAAGACGCCAUUCACGCAGAAAGCAACUGAAAGUAAUAGUAAUUAAGAGAGGGCGUCCUAGUUGCUAUACCAUUUUGUUACAGAACUUGCACGCAAAGACCAUAGAUGUUAAAGUUGAAAAAAUAUUGUAAUUGUAAAGGGCGCCCUACAAUGCGUUGUUACAGGAUUUGCAUGCAGAAAUUGCAGAGAACACUAUCAUGUUAUAAGUUUUUUGAUGUACUCAUAUUUGGCUGAGCGAGGGCGCUAUUUACAUGUGAGGAUAUAAUUCAAAACCUAUAAAUAAUAGUAUUCUCUAAGUCUUAAUGAGUGCUAUCUUUAAAUUACAAGUUUAAAUGCCCUUAUGAAAUCAAGUGAGGGCAAUAUAACUAAUUUAUGCAAAUUGAAGGAGAAUAAUUUAUAGCUGUAGUUACCUUGCCUCAUGUUUUUCAUCUAGAAAAGAUGAAAUCUACAUGAUUUCCUGAUUCAUCAUAAUUAAUGCCAUUUUCUACCUAUCAAAAAAUGAUAAAUGUGACUUAUUAAACAUUCACAGCAGCAAUACACUGUAAUGGAUGACCAUGUACUUACUAGCUUUAGCUUCAGACCAAAUUUACAUCAUAACUUUAAAAGCUUGUUGAUGAAAAUAAGGCAUGGUAAAAUUCAAUGUAGCCUGUCAACAUUUUCUAAUAUCAAGAGAAUAAUUUGUAAAAUUAUUGUUGCCAGAUAAAACAGCA